AUGUCAACUGGUCAUUGCCUGGCCAUCGACAUGGUGACGACUUUCGUUGUCACCUCAGCACCUUGUCAUCUCCCACUUGACCCCGGUCGCGCUCUGCACGCAAUUGGAAAGGGAAACGUGGGCAUGGGUCGGCCUCGAAAUUUUUCAGAGCACGCGCAGUCCCAACCACAAGGGUCGACAACGGCUUCCCGCGGCCGCAACCGUGACUUUGUUGUGACGUUCUGCUGCCGGCCCCUUUGCAUCCUGGAACAGAAGCUGGGCACUUCGGAGGUCCUCCCUCAUCAAAAGCGUGCUGUUCACUCCCUUCCGUAUCUGCCAUGGCGUAUACGAUCGCGUUUCUGGGCCUUCGUCUGCAAAUGGCCAGGAUGGGAAACCAAAUGCCGGACGGCGGACGAAAAUCCCGAAUCUAGUAGCACUAACGAUGCUUGCCUGGCACUUCAACUCAAGUUCUGGUCAUCGCAAUCUCCAACCCCUAAAAAUAGAAAACCGUUUUUCGCAAGGAUCAAAACAAAAGCAAAAAACAUGUUCCAAACGUUGACCGGUUUCCGGACACCGAGAGAGAACGUGAGCAGGAAAACGCCAAACCAGUCACCUCUUCGUAGCGUUCGUACAGUACCCACACCUCGCAUCCUCGUCGACGCCCUAUCAGAGAUCUCGUUUCGCUCAUCCAUCCUCCAAUUCCACACACAACUCCCGACGAUCCUUCUUCGGCACCUCGCUCACUCGCCAUGCCGCAUGCCCAACAAACAUACUUGCACACUUCUCACUCACUACUCACAUCCUUCGAGUCAGCCCCUUGUAAAACGUGCCAUUUCCAUGCCUAACGCUUCCCUCUCUCUCCCUGCACACACGUGGUGGAACUCCCACCCACGUCUGACUAACAUCCCAUGUCAAAGAUUUUGGUCCCGUUGUGCGCCGUAUGGGGGUGUAGGGUAGAUGAGUCGGGGGCGAAACUCUCGACAUCCUUCCAACGGUCGAGGUCGUGAGGGCGGGCAGACCCACGCACACUUCGCGCUGCCCGCGAGGCUAGUCGAGUCUGGUGCUUGUCCUCGUGUGGGCGUCUAGCUGGAGCGGUGGACCAUGGUAAGUGU